AUAGUGGACAUCUCGCAUGAUGAUUUCAACAUGAUAAGCAGCGCUGAUGAUGACCUGGUAGCCUUCCUCCAUCACAUGCGGGACUCGGGCAAGCUGGAGAACCACUUGUUUAUUGUGAUGGGCGAUCAUGGAUCGAGAUAUUCCGGUCUCCGAGAGACUUACCAAGGAAAGAUAGAAGAGAGAUUGCCUUUAAUGGCAAUAAUAUUACCAGACAAAUUGGUACAAACUCGACCUGAUGCUUUGACAGCUUUGCAGAAGAACGCUCAUGUUCUGACGACGCCGUUCGAUAUUCACACGACAGUGCUGGACGUGGUCGGUCUGCCCGAGCUCGCCAACGACUACGUCAUACUCGGCUCUGAUAUACCGAGAGGGAUGAGUCUGUUGGAACCGGUUUGUAUGGAUCAUAUUUAAGAAAUUCGAAAAAAAAAAUAAAAAAAAGCAUAAUUGACACUUCACCUGAGACAUUCACAUGAUCCACCAACUCUAUUGAUAGGUCCUCAAAAACCACAUGAAAUACACUGUUAGGUUAGGUCAAGGUCAAAAACUAAAGAAAUAACCAACUAAAAACAUAUUAGUGAAUAAAGUAACGACAUCUAUACUCUCUGUACUAGUAUUAUAAAGAGGAAAGAUUUGUAUUUAUGUAUGUAUUCGAUUCAUGUAAAACUACUGGGGUUCAAAAAUUCUUACACCAUUAAAAAGUCAUGUUAUCAGUGCGUAGCACAGGCUUAUUCAUUCUAUUAUUAUUUAAGUUCACCCGGAGGAAGUCGCGAGCAACAGCUUGAACUAACUUAAACUAACUAGCGUUGUAACUCGCGACUUGCAUUUAAUAAAAAAAAAUUGCCUGUGUUACUGAUAACGUAGGUUUUUAAUGGUGAAAGUAUUGAAAUUGGCUUAGCUUUUGAGUUAUUUCAAUAUAUAGGAAGAGGCCUAAUUUUAGUACAUUUCCCUUCCCACCAUUUUAUUACACGGAUAGGAUGGGGAGGAAAAGUACAUUUGAUGAUAAAGGAGACGUAUAGAAAGGGGAAAUAUGUUCGUCUCCUUCGUUGAUUAAAGUUAGGCAACGCAUCUGCAAUUGCAGAUGUUUAUGGGCAGCGAUCG